AUGAAGUGGACUAUUUCCUUUGCCGCUCUCUCGGCCCUCGCCUCCUCUGCUCUAGCCGAAGACCUCCUUUUCGUAACCAACCUGAUUGGUCGUGAGGAACAAAGUGCAAAGGAUCUUGGCUUCACAACCAAGGUAGUGACGGAAGCACAAUGGCGGGCCCUCACCACCUCUGAUUUUGCUUCAUACAAAGCUAUCAUCAUCGGGGAUAACUUUGGAUCCAGCAACCAAGACAACAUCAAGUUUCUGACCGAUACCAAGAACACAUGGGGUCCAGCUGUUCAAGGUAACAUUAUCAUCCACGGAGCCGAUCAAUCGAAUCACGCAAAGGACGUCUUGAUUGAGAACAGUAUCAAGUUCGCCGCUGCAGGAAAGGCCCUCAGUGGUGCUUCUCAAACCGGUCUUUACUUCUCCCUCUCCCAAUACUACGAUACCAUUGAAGUGUCCAACGUUGAUGCCCUCAGCUACUUUGGUACUUUUGAGGUUCGUGGAAAACUUGAUUGUUAUGACAAGGUUCACAUCGUCGCUACAUCUCCUGCAAUCGCUACGCUCACUGAUGCUUACCUCUCCAAUUGGGGCUGCUCGGUUCACGAAGCCUUCUCCGUCUACCCAUCCGUCGGUAUGAACGGAUUCCAAGCUAUUGCUAUUGCCGACGGUGUUGUGUUCCCUGGUACUCAAAACUAUGGUGAUGGACACUCUGGUCUUCCUUAUAUCAUCACUCGUGGUGCCACGCCAGCUGGAUGUGGUGAUGGGAAAUGGGACGGCAGUAUCGGGGAAGAGUGUGAUGAUGGGAAUAUUGUUGAUGGUGAUGGAUGUUCCAAGUCUUGUAAAUGCGAGAGUGGUCUUCCAAAGGGAGAUGGAUCUUGUUUCCCAAAAGCAGGCAAUGGAACUUCGGGAACUAACGGUACUGUCUUCCCUACUGGAAGCAUCAAACCUACUGGAGGUAUCAUUCCUUCUGGUUCCGUGAAGCCAUCUGGAUCUGUUGGCCCAUCUGGGUUCUUCAACACUUCCACCGUCUACACGUGAGUGACUUCUUCCAGUAUAUAAGAUGAGUUUUCUUCAUGCUAAUCUUUUUUUACAGUCCAACUACUAUUAUUAAACCAACCACUGUCCUCAAGCCAACAACCCUGACCUUCCUCCCUCCUUACCCCAUCACCACUCCCCCACCACCAUAUAUCACCCCCGGCAUUCCAACAAUCUCCUGCAUCGGCCUCGAAGUCGUCGUCUCCAUCUACCUAACCGAACUAUGCAGCACAGUAGCCCCAGGAACAACCCUCACAUCAACCAUCACCUCCGCCAUCUCAACCUACCAAAAGCCCAUCUACAACACCCAAAUCGCCAGCAUGCCCUGCUACGUCUGCGCCCUCUCCAGCCAAAAGAUCAGCUACACAUCCUUCUUCACCGCAACAUCCACCUACUGCCCCGCCUGCUCCUCUCCCCCCAAGCCCGCAACCAUCUACCCAUGUGCUUCCUGCCCCGGCACCACGUUAACCGCCACCUGUCCAUGGGCCACCACUCCUGUCUUCACACAGAACGCCGUUCCGUAUACCACGUACUCGCCUAUGGUUGAGAAACCCGCCACAAUCACUUAUGGAAAUGGGGGCAAUGCCGCGACGAUUACGGUGGCUACUACUUACCCAGCGGCUAAGUCUCCGUUCUGUAGUUCUUGUGCCCUUUCUACGGUUGCUACAUCUACCUUUGGCGGCAACUUUGGAACGGUUGGGGCUAUGCCGACUGCCACUGGGGCUGUGCAGUUUACCGGUGCUGCUGGGAAGGCGGCUCCCGGGAGCUUUAUGGCGGUUUUUGCUCUUGUUGGAGCUGGGGCUUUGGGUGCUCUUGCGCUUGUUUUGUAG